AUGGCAUCGCAACCAUCAUUUGAGGGAGAUUUAUUAAAUUUUGAGCCCGAGGAUAAUCCUCCAUGGCGAAGAAAGGGACAAGUGGUGCCUUCAGUUGGUGUCAUGGUCACAGAUAUCGUCGGAUUCCAAGAAAAAUGGAAUUCCAUGAAGAAAAACCGCGAUGCCUGCGCCGUUCAGCCGAGACAAUUCAUAGAGAACUUAUUGCACUGCAACCGUGAGCACAGCUGCAUGGCUUCGGCCAGUUUGGGGAAAACGCGGGAAUGUCUUGCCGCGGGAAGAGAGGUGAACAAUCCCACGCUGUCCUCGGAGAAACGGAGAGAAAACGCAUACUUGGAAGAGGCCUACAACAACUUGCGAAGGGGCAUCGAAGCCUGGCAGAGAAACAACUAUAACCGUUGGUUGAUUGAGGAACCCAUGCUUAAAAGAGCUAACGAAACCAUCCUCAAAAGUGCUACCACACGACCAGGCUGUACUGAGCCGGGGGAAUACAGUACCAGGCCCCGUUACAUUGAAUUUGAUGGAGAGCUUUAUGAGUAUCAGAAUCCAGAUAACAUGCAAAUUGCCGUCGUUAGAAUUUUAGAAAAAUUUAACUCUCUCUUUCAAGAGACAAACAAUCCAGAAACACAGAAUGAUGAACAUGAAGAUAAAGCACAACGGCUCCGUAAGCUGUACAAUGCUUGUGGUUGGCUGGUGUUUGAGAUGCUUGACUUGCAUCCGUUUGGAGACGGCAACGGGAGACUGUGCCGGCUGCUUUGCAGCUGCGUGCUCUCCACGUGCACUCCUUUCCCCACUCCAAUCUACGACAUCUGGAGCACGUCCUGCAAAUAUGACUACAUGAAAGCUCUUGUUGAGGCUAGGAAGUCGGACACCCGUCAUCCAAGAGCCUUGGUCACCAUGAUCAUUGAAUGCAGCUGGUAUGGCUGGAAAGAGUUCCUUGAGAGGCUGCAGACAACGACUUAG